CUGAAAAAACGAGAAUGCAUUCGGACAUUAUGGGAGCGGGUACUUUCCAGCGAAGUAGAAUAUAUAUCGCGGUGAAGCGGCAGCUGCCCUCAGUGGAAAAGUGAGAAACACCGACGGCAAAACAAUAGAGCACGGCAGAUUAGUGGUGCGUAACCGAGUGACUAAACCCGGACACAGAGUCAAUAUAAAUUUAACAUAAAAUUUCAUUGCGGCAUGUUAAACGCGUUCAAAAUUAACUUUCUGGGUCAUCAUCAACACGGAGUGGACAACAAGAGGAGCUCAGGCCGUGAACAAUUUGCAUAAGCGUACUCCCUAAAAUGGAUAAUUUCAAUAAAAUAUUUAACAGUGAAAGUGAAAAUGGCUGAAGUUGUAAAGUUAACAAAAGUACUCUUUUACGCCAAAGCAUGCAAAAUCAAGUGCAGCAUAAAUUUGAGCCCAGCAGCUUCCCAAACGUAGAGUAAAUAUAAUUACACUUCGAUGGACAUUCGAGCGUAAUUUAAUAAAGGCUCAGAUGGAAGCAAGGCUCUCAGAGAAGAGGCAUAAAGUGUGGCUAAAGUGAAAUUUAAUAUCAUCCCUUUAAUUAAAAAAAAGGUAAAUUCAGUGCAGACCCUAACGUGAAAAUCAAGGAAAAACAUUGAAAAGCAAUGUUAAAGUGAUAGUGAAAACUGAAUUGAAAAAUAAUUUAAUAUUUAGGUUUAAGUUAUGCGAAGACGCUACUAGAGAAAUAUGGAAAAUCGGCUCAGCGACAGUCCCGGAGAUUGUCGCGUAACCAGGUCCAGUAUGACACCGACCCUGCGCCUGGAUCAGAGUCCUAGGCAGGAGCCUAAUACCCCUCAGCCGGAGAACGUCCAAGCUGUGGUGGCUGGGAAGUCCAAGUCCCCCACUUCACUACCUGGAAAAUCACAGGCGGCGCAGCAUCACCAAUUCCGGGCUCCGCAGCAGCAGCAAGGCCCCAAGAACCGAAACAAGGCCUGGGGCAAGAGGCAGCACAAAGUCGGAAGCAAGCAUAACGCCAGCGCCUGUGUCGGUGCCAGCAGCGCCCAAGCGCAGUCCACUGGCUCCUCCGCCACAACCGCGCUACUUUUACCCACGGCGGCGGCGGCGGCAGCCCACAAGGCCGAUCUCGAGAACAUCCAGAAUAUUCAGAACAAGAAUCAGAUUGCCGGCGGUGCUAUCAACAAUCAUGGCAACGCUGGAACCGCCCAACACAGUGGAGGCGGGAGUGGUGCCCAUCACACUGGAGCUGGCGGGGGUCACCACCACCAUCAUAACACACGGCUGGCUCAGAGCGCCGCCGCUGGUGGUGCAGGGAGUGGAGGAACUAUGCAAAUCUACAAGAAGAUGGUGACUCACAGGGGCCACCAUCACCAUGUGCUGUGUGCCGGCAACAAUGCGAACCACACGUGCUGCCUGGUUACAGGCUGUAACGGCAGCUCUGCCGGCGGAACGGGAGUGCCUGGGAGCGGAGGCGGUGCCGGCGUUGCUAGCGGAGGAGCUCCCUGUAAGGAGGCGCAGAGCAGCAAGGAUACCAGCUCGUUGAGCGGCAACAGCAGCAUAGCGGGCAGCGCAGGAGCGGGCAAUGCUGUGCACUAUUGCUGCGGACGGUCCAAGUUCUUCCUGCCGGAAAAAAGACUGCGAAAGGAGGUGAUUGUGCCUCCCACUAAAUUUCUUCUGGGCGGUAAUAUUUCCGAUCCGCUCAACCUCAAUUCGCUGCAGAACGAGAACACGUCGAAUGCCUCCUCUAGCAACAACACGCCGGCGACCACGCCCCGCCAGUCGCCCAUCACCACGCCGCCUAAGGUUGAGGUGAUAAUUCCGCCCAACAUCCACGAUCCUCUGCACUUGCUAGAUCCUGUCGAUUCAAUGGAGUACGAGAAGCAACUGACAUCGCCGAUGAAGCGUGGAGGAGGCGGUGGGAUGGGAAUAGGGCACCACCGGCAGCAUCACCAUCGUACGCGGAAGAACCGCAAACGUCGCCGCUUCGACUCUAACAACACCUCGCACGCUGGCGAAGAAGGAGUAGGCGGGGGCGAGCUGGCCGACGAACCGCCGCUGCCCACAGCCACUCCUUCACUUGCAGCGUCGCCGGUGGCAGCGCCAGUCAACGUUGGCGGCAGUUUACUGCUGAGCGAGUCUGCUGCUCCAGCCGCAGGGGAAACCGCAGAAACAGGCCAUCAGCAGGCGCAUGUACGCUCUCCGCAGUCGGCAUCGACGACGGCCACCGCCGAGAUGCCCACCCCGACGCCGACUGAGGUUGUGGCGCUGACUGCGGCCGAUGAGCAAGUGGAACAGGCAUCGUCAUCGCCAGCAGCGACUUCAUCUCCGCAGCGACAGCAACAUGUGGCCAUUGCCCCAGAGGAAGCUCCCACUGUUGCGCCACCUGCUGCUGCUGAGCCGCCUGCAGAGGAGAUCCUGCUUAGCUGCUCGGCCACGUCGGCCACACUGGCAGUGGCGUCGACUCUGGCAGAGCGACGGGUUCAGGCCAGUCGAGAUUUGCGUCUGGAUUUGUCCAGCACGUGCUACGGCGUCGGCGGCACGGGGUUGAGCUUUGGCGGCAGUAUAGCUGGCAACGUUGGUAAUAUCGGCGGCGGCAGUGGGAGGAAGAGGAAAAUCAGCGAGAGCAACAAUUCGCAAAAGAGCAAGAAAUUUCAUCGUCACGAUGCUAUGGACAAGAUCGUCAGUCCAGUGGUUCCACAACCUGGAGCUUGGAAGCGGCCGCCGCGUGUCCUGCAGCCCAGCGGAGCCAGGAAACCCAACACGCGGCGAUCGACAUCGUUCAGCGAAUCUGAGUUGCUCAGUCCAGUAGAAGAGCUGCCGCCCAAACAGCUGCCCCUCAUUGAAGUAGAGAUACCCCGUGAUGAUACGCCUGAAUUACCAGAGCACGGAUUGGGCAGUCCGCUGAGCACUACCUCGGCAGCGACCUCGCAUACGGCCGGCGAGCAGGAUUCUUUGGCCGGGGCGGAUACAAGCUUGACGGAUAUCUCGUCGUCCAUUGGCGUGGCCCAGACCCCAGCACUGACGAGCAGUUUAAUGUUGGAGCCGGCUCUGAUUCCCCCACUCAAACUGUUGCCCAAGUUCCGAGCUGAUGGGUUGAAGUACCGGUACGGCAAUUUCGAUCGAUACGUAGACUUUCGUCAGAUGAACGAGUUCAGGGAUGUGCGACUGCAGGUGUUUCAGCGACAUGUGGAACUGUUCCAGAACAAGGAUAUUCUGGAUAUCGGAUGCAACGUCGGGCACAUGACCAUCACAGUGGCAAGGCAUCUGGCACCGAAAACAAUCGUGGGCAUCGACAUUGAUAGAGAACUUGUUGCACGGGCCCGUAGGAAUCUGUCAAUCUUUGUGCGCAUACCCAUAGAGGAGAAGCUGCCAGAGGUCAAGGUGGAGCAAUCAAUGGAGGCAAAGUCAGAGUCAACACCGCCGGAAAAGGCGGAAGAGGAUGCUUCGGGAGCGGCUCACAAGAAAACAAGACGAGGCAAGAAGCGACGUAAGGCCCAGCAAGGACUCCAGCAUAAUCAUCACCACCAUCAUCAUCACGAUCUGGAGCAGCUGCAGCAGCAACAGAAGCUAGACGCGCUGCUUGUCAAGCCGCACGAGUUCUUCCCCAUCUCCUUUCCGCUGACCUACGGGAGAGUUCCUCAUUUGCCACCAUCGAGCAAAUCGCCAAACACGUUCGGCAACAAGAAUCUGUUCCCAGCGAACGUGUUCUUCAGACACACCAACUAUGUGCUCAAAGAUGAGUCGUUAAUGGCCAACGAUUCACAGCAAUACGAUCUCAUACUGUGUCUCUCGGUUACCAAGUGGAUCCAUCUUAACUUUGGGGACAACGGUUUGAAGAUUGCCUUCAAGCGGAUGUUCAACCAGCUACGUCCUGGUGGGAAGUUAAUACUUGAAGCUCAAAACUGGGCCAGCUACAAGAAAAAGAAGAACCUUACGCCAGAGAUAUACAACAACUACAAGCAGAUUGAGUUCUUUCCCAACAAGUUCCAUGAAUACUUGCUCAGUUCGGAGGUGGGAUUCAGCCACAGCUAUACUCUUGGCGUGCCCCGGCACAUGAACAAGGGUUUCUGCCGACCCAUACAGCUGUACGCUAAGGGAGACUAUACCCCGAAUCAUGUGCGCUGGAGCGAUGCUUACUAUCCGCAGACACCAUAUGAAGCAUAUCGAGGCAUAUACGCCACCAUGCCCGCUCAUCGGAUGGGCGGCGGUGGAAGCAGUGCAGGCGGUAGCCAUAGUGGACACGCUCACAUGCUGCACCUUAGCAGCUCCAGUCGGUCGCAGAACUACGAUACUCCGCAUUAUGCUGGUAGCGCCUCAGGCUCGGCCAGUUGCCGGCAGACUCCAAUGUAUCAGCCCACCUACAACCCUCUGGAGACGGACUCAUACCAGCCCAGCUACGACAUGGAAUAUCUAAACCACAUGUACGUGUUCGCCUCGCCGCUCUACCAGACCGUCUGGUCGCCACCUGCUUCGCUGCGCAAAAGCAGCUCGCACACGCCGGUAUUCGGGAGCGUGCGCGAUGCGGAGUUAGACGGCGAUGGCAGCGGUGGUGGAGGCAGUGGGGGCGGGAGCUACCACCGGCAUGUCUAUCCGCCCAACGACGAUACCUGCUCGCCGAACGCUAACGCCUGCAAUGCGUUCAAUUCGAUUCGGGACGCGGACACGGAUGAUUCUAACCAGCUACCAGGAGGAAGUCGACGGCAUGUGUAUGCCACCAAUUGCGGAGAGAGCUCCUCGUCGCCGCAGGUGAAUCACCACGAGGCAACCGGCGAAUAUGUCGAUGCGCUAAUGGACGACGAACAAAAGUCGUCAACAGGCGGCGGGACUGGUGGAGCAGCUUAUUGUGAUCUGUCAGAUGCCUAGAAUAGGGAUACUUCGGCAGGAAAAAUGUGUCAAAAAGAAAAAAAACAAAAAAAAAAACGAAAAAGCGUAGGAAACCCACAAAAAGUUUUUGAAAAAAAAUUCAAUGUAACCGUAAACGAGACGCUUAUGAUUUUUUAUGGUAUAAUGUGCGUAUAUAUUUUUAUAUAUCGUAAUUUAAUUGAAUGAAUAUACAAAUAUAUACAGAUCUAUAUAUACAAAUUGAACAGAGAUGCAUGUGUAUAGGUGUAUUAUAAUCCUUAAAGAUAAGGCUAACCACUUUUGCUAACAUGCUUUAUAGAGAACACUUGAUUUGAUCCUGUUGGCAGUUCAAUUCUAAUCCUAGAUUUAAAUCCACAAGCAAUACAAACACUCAAACUCACAUUUACAGCGACAUAUACAGGCACACCCACCAACACUCACACACACGAUACGCUGUAGCUUUAAGUAAUAAACUAUAUUGUGCUAUAAAAAUGUUUAGGAAACGUGAAAAAUCCCAUGAAAUUCAACUAUUUUUGAUUAACAUUUUAGCAAAACAAAACAUUAAAUGCGGCAAGGGAAUGUGAAAACAAAAAUGAAAUAAAGCAAACACUACAGCAAAGCAAAGAAGAUACAAUAUAUUAUUAUAUAUACUCGUAAGCAAGUGAGAGCAUGUUUCAAAUUAUUUAAAUUAGGUUGAUGCCUAAAGCUAUAAAGCUAAGCAGAAGUAGCAUUAAAUUUGAAGUUUGGUCAAUAGCAAAUAUCCACCUUUCCCCAAAUCUCCUCCUCCUUCUACGAGGUAUGCGGAAUCUAUGAGUUUUAUGUAUGCUAUGUUUUUGAAACAUUUUAAGGAAAUAUUUUAAUUUUUUCUAAGAAAAUGAACAUUAUUGUAGUCAAAAGAAUUAAAAAAUUAUAUCUAUAUAUAGAAAUAAAAUAAUAGUAUAUUAAAUAA